AUGGUAUAUCCAAGCACAAGCAUUGGGGUGUCAAGCUCGAGCACCGAGAACACGAGUAAGGGCGAUAGGGUCCUAGGCCUUGCCUCAAGGGACUCGGGCAUGGGUAAGGGAGAUCCGAGUUCUGAAGAUGCAAACAUGGCGAUUGUGGACCCGAGCCCAGGCAUUGGUACCUGGGUCUUGGCAUUGUUGUUGAGCCUGAUGACCCGAGAAACGAGCGAUAGGGUUCCCACCAUCAACAAUUGUUUGGUGAUAGAACACAUCGUUAUCUCAUCUCCUUCUGGCUUCUGGCGCCGCUCGAGCGAUAAUGCAAGCUGCAGUGGCAGCCAUGGCCGCCCACGCCAUCCUCGCCUCCCCCCACUCCUCCCACGCCCUCCUCUCCCCUCUCCCCAACCUCCUCGGCAGCCCCCCGGCGCUCGUCUCCGCCUUCCGCGGCGUCUCUCUCAGGCCGGCCCCGGCUCCCCUCCCCCUCUCCGCCGUCCCCCCAAGCAGCCCCUCGCCGUCGUCGCCGCCGCCGCCUCCAAGAAGGCCGUCGCCGUGCUGAAGGGCACUUCCAGCGUGGAGGGCGUCGUCACUCUCAGUCAAGAAGGCGAUGGUCCCACGACAGUCAAUGUUCGUGUUACUGGGCUAACUCCUGGACCUCAUGGGUUCCACUUACAUGAGUAUGGUGACACAACCAAUGGAUGCAUCUCGACAGGAGCACAUUUCAACCCAAACAAAUUGACACAUGGGGCUCCUGAAGAUGAAGUGCGUCAUGCGGGUGACCUGGGAAACAUAGUUGCCAAUGCCGAUGGUGUGGCAGAAGCAACGAUUGUUGAUACACAGAUACCACUGAGUGGUCCAAACGCAGUAGUUGGAAGAGCUCUUGUGGUUCAUGAACUUGAGGACGACCUUGGAAAGGGUGGCCACGAGCUGAGUCUAACCACUGGCAAUGCAGGCGGGAGAUUGGCAUGUGGUGUGGUGGGUUUGACUCCACUGUAAUCCAUCGCUUGCUUGCGGCAUUAUUGCUGUCCUCUGUGGGUUACCUACCUCCUUACCUAGAGUGAUAUGCCAUUCCUUGUUUGGAGGGUGUAACACGGCAUUGUGAAGACGAUCCUAUCAUAUGGCUUUUGGCCUCUAUUGGCCAUGUAUGGCUACUACGUGAUUUCUAAGUGUUGAAGUUUCCUGUUGAUCACAAAAUAAUGGAUCACAAAAUAAUGGAUCCUAUCAGGUGAAUAAUGGCAUUUGAUAUUGUUGUCUGACCA